CACCCUAUCUGUGACCCCAUCAUGUUCAUCGUCUGCAACUUCGCUGCACUGAUGCUUCUACUGACUUUUGAAAGUCCAGUUGAUGCAGGGAAAAUUAUUGGAGGCCAUAAGGUUAAUCCACACAAACGGUCGUAUAUGGUGUUUUUGCGGAUGGUGGACAAGGCUAAUACAACAAAACGCUGCGGUGGAUUCCUUAUCAGAGAAGAUUUCGUGGUGACUGCAGCUCACUGCCGGGCCAAGAAUCAUGAGUCCUACAAAGUCUUUUAUGGGUUUGACAACCACGGUAAAAACCAUAAAGAAGUGUCUGUGAAGAAAGAUUUUCCACAUAAUCACUACAAUGACAGUGUUUACACAAACGACAUCAUGCUGCUGAAGUUGUCCCACAAUGUGAGCUCGGCCCACCAUAUCAAACAUAUUGAGCCGGCAAAGGAGGAAGGUAACUCACUGCCAAAUGAUUGCUCGGUCUGUGGUUGGGAAGUGAACUCAUCUACAAAAUUGCCUUCGAAACUGUUGGAAGUCGAUGUCACACUUGUUGAAAAUCAGGACUGUGUCAAAGAAAGUGCUUACUGCUCCGUAGGAGAAAGAGGAACAAGCGGGGGAGACUCUGGAGGUCCAUUAAUCUGCAAUGGAAUGGCAUAUGGAGUGGUGUCAGCAAGCAAAAACUACAGUGAUUCCACUCUGUAUAAGUACACAAACGUACCUGACACCAUUGACUGGAUCAAUAAUAUCCUGAAGGACAACUGACUCAGCAUCCAAGCCUCAUUUCACCUUGAUCAAAUCAUUUGACAAUAAAAACAUUUUUAGUGCAGAAGUAAUAAUCUGAUCAUUUGCUUUAUUUGGUUCAGUGUGUUGAUGCUAUAAUUCUGUAUUUUAUACUAAGGUCGGCUGUUUUUAAAGUGCAUGCUCUGAUCAUUAUAGUAAAUGCUGAAUGAAUAGUUAAAAUAUGUUUGAGAGAAAUGUUGGCGUUAUAUGAGGCAAUUUAGAUUUUUGCUGCCAAUACAAGCCUUAAUAAAAAUAUUGCUUUGCUCAUGAUAUUUAGAUAGAAGCUUGAGCGUUUAUAGAUUGAU